AUGUCCAUUCACCCUCAACUGCGAUCCCGGGCUUCUCAGGGGCCCCUGUCUCCCCAGCAGGCCGUGGCUAUCUCCGCGUGGACAGAGCAAGCCUCGGCUUCGCUCGAGAACCUGACUCUUUCGGAGUCAAAGCCUGAGGGAACGUCAUCGACACCGUCGCGCUCCGGCCUCCAAGGCGCGAGCGUGUCCAUCUCGAUUCCCCUCGAUGAUGAGACCCCGGCGACUCCAUCGCGCCUCAAGCUUGCCGCAGAGACGCGCCCACCAACCGUCAGCUUCCGGCGUCGCGAGCCCCUUCGCCAGGAUGGUUUCAAGCGGCGCGAGGCUUUGUUGAAAGGCAAGGAUGGAAGUCGUCGGAGACAACGAUGGGAGAAUGACCGCCUGCUGCACAACCCGUGGGCCGAACCUCCAUCCUCCAAGGACUGGGAUAUCCAGCCUACCUACCCUCGACACGAUCCUAUGCCAUACUAUCUCGCACCGCUCUGGGACAUUAACUAUUCCAAGAUGGCUGACCACGCAACCAAGAAUACCGUUGUUGACAAGCACCGUGUGCCCAAGGAGUUGCGCACGAAGUUGAAGCGCGCUCGUGCUGCUCGGGGUAUGCUCCAGGAUCUGGAAGACGAGAUCCGCCUGUUCAUUCGCAAGUGGAAUGAGAAGCAACUCUUUCUCCUAAGUGAGGGUCUACAGGAUGCACCCGGGUCAAGCAGCGAAGACUCCGAAGAUGAGAUCGUCUUUAUCGGCCGAAACGGCCAGAUGCACGACUCGCCCGAGCGAAAACAGAAGCUGCAGCGACUGCGGGAAGGGAUGAGCUCGCAUCAUGAGAAAGACGGCGAGAAGAUGGUAUUUGAGAGCCUGGUCGAUGACCGUUCAGCCAGCUUCGGCCGUUGGCUCGUGCACUCUAUCGCUUCGUACUAUGGCCUACACACCUGGUCCGUUACCGUGGGCAACCCUGCCCGACGGGAAGCCUAUGUGGGUUUCCGUCCACCGGCGCCAGGUAGCCGAGCUGGCCUCGUCACUCAUCCUGCUUGCCGUGCCGAGGAGCUGAUAAAGCCGGGCGACGAGCUCCCGCGCCCUCUUUAUAUGCAGGUUUAG